CCGGGACUGUGCCAUGCGCUCGCCAGGCCUGCUCGCACCGUCAGACAACACGGGCCGGAUGUACAUGCGCGUCUGUGGGGUGCAUACAUCGUCACUUGACUGCUUAUGCUGUUUAUCGAACCGAUCUGUCGGCCUACUCCUCGACCCCCAAUAUAGAGCUGGAUGUUCCCUAGGUGUCGCAAGGCCGUACUAUGUUACUUUCUUUGCAUCCUGACUAUGCGAUCAAGUACUCCGCGAAGGUUACGACGUACAAAGGUCAUUCCAGAGCUUGAGAGAGGGUGACGAUCCCGUCAAGUGUUCGCAUGAUUAUAGCUUCGAGUCGAGAAACCCCGGCCUGACCUCUCCGACUCGUUUUCAUCUCUCCAGGGCCCGGUCGCGCGUACUCGGUCCAGGUGACCUUUGACGGACACAUAGCUCUUCCGCUGAGCGCAUAAAAGGUGGAUGGGGUUGGACGGAAUGUCAUCGUCGAGCAACCCUCACGAUGGUGCACUCGCGUCUUUUGGCUACGGCCUGCCUCUCGCUGGCUCUCCAAGCUGCGGCUCAGGUGACAGUUACCGUCAAUGCGACGGCCAGUCAUCCUAUCCCGACGACCCUCUGGGGUCAGAUGUAUGAGGAUAUCAGCAGCGGAGAUGGAGGCCUCUACGCUGAACUGCUUCAGAACCGUGCCUUCCAGAAGGUCACACCAGGCUCCGAUGACUCGCUCACUGCCUGGGGAACCGUAGGCAACGUCAACAUCUCUGUCAUCGCCGACGAUCAGCCGGUCUCGUCCUCGCUGCCGAACUCUCUAGAACUGGUCGUCCCCGAUGGCGCGACUGGUGCAGUUGGCUUCUCGAAUGAGGGUUAUUGGGGCAUCAAAGUCACCGAGUCCACCACCUACAACGCGUCGUUCUACUACAAGGUCCCGCAAGGAUCGAACUUCAACGGCGAUGCCACGAUUGCGCUGCAGUCCUCUCCCGGGGACGUCCUGGCUUCCGCGACUGUUCCCAUAUCCGGCUCGCAGACGGAAUGGACGCAGGUUGCUGCUGAGCUUACACCGUCUAGCAGUGCCGGCGACGUGAACAAUGUGUUCACCGUAACGCUCGACGGCGAGGCCGCUGCGGGACUGACUAUCGACUUCGCUCUGUUUUCUCUGUUCCCGCCGACGUUCAAGGAUCGGCCGAAUGGGUUGCGGCCGGAUAUUGCGCAGGCUCUGGUCGACAUGGGGCCUUCGUUCUUCAGGUUGCCCGGUGGGAAUAACCUUGAGGGCAACAGCAUCGCGACCCGGUGGAAGUGGAACGAGACCGUCGGGAGCCUCCUCGACCGUCCUGGACGUCCAGGUACCUGGGGCUACAUCAACACCGACGGCCUCGGCAUCUACGAGUACCUCCUCUGGUGCGAGGAUGCGGGCAUGGAGCCCAUUAUGGGCGUCUUCGCUGGCUACGCCCUCGACAAGACCUCCGUUCCCGAGGAUCAGCUGCAGCCGUAUAUCCAGGAGGCUAUCGACCAAGUCCACUUCGCUGUAAGCGAUGCGAGUGCGAACGAUGCUGCCGCCCUCCGCGCGUCCCUGGGCCACCCCGAGCCGUUCAACAUUCGGUAUAUCGAGAUCGGCAACGAGGACUGGAUCUCCGAGCAAGCAGCUGAGACGUACGGCGCCUACCGCUGGAAUGCCUAUGCCACUGCGCUUAAGGCGGAGUUCCCCGAUUUGCAAUUCAUCGCGACCAGCCUCGUGAGCGGGCCUACCCUGGACCCCACGCCCACGUCUUACGACGUGCAUGAUUACCGAAGCCCUUCCUGGUAUCAGGAGCAAGUGUAUUACUAUGACGACUUCGAGAGGAACGGCACCACGUACUUCGAGGGCGAAUACUCCUGCCAAACCGACCGCAACGGCGACAGGUGGGCGUAUCCCAGUGUACUCUCCGCCAUCUCCGAAGGCGCCUACAUGACCGGGCUCGAGCGCAACUCCGACAUCGUCUUCGCGGCGGCGUACGCGCCGGUCCUUAACCACGUCAAUGCGACGGAUUGGACCCCGAACUUGAUCGCAUUCGACGCCGGCAACGUCUACCUCUCGACCAGCUACUAUGUCCAGCAGCUCUUCGCACACAAUCACGGCGAUGAGUACCUCCCGAGCACGCUCCCCGAGCGCAACGGCACGCUCUACUGGAGCGUCGCGCGCAACGAUAGUGCGGUUAUCAUCAAGGUCGCCAACCUCGCCACCACCGAAGCCUCCCUCACCUUCCAGCUGCCCUUCGACUCCGUCGCCGAGUCCGGCGUCGUCACCUACAUCACGGGCUCCGAGACCGACUCCAACACGCCGGAGCAGCCGGAUCUCGUCACACCGCAAACGAGCACCGUGGAGACAGGAGCCACGUUCGACUAUACGGCGCCGGGGAGCAGCUUUGGGGUGUUGGUGAUGGGGGUGUAGGAGAGAGGCCGAGGGGUUAGGAGAGAGGUCGAGGUGUUAGGAGAGAGGUCGGGGGUUUAGGAGAGAGGGUGGCGGAUUGUAGGGAAACCAAGGACAAGGGAAGGAAAGGACUCAGCAAGGGGAUGAAUUGUACGACUAGUGAAAAGGAACGAAUACGAAGACUCACGAUAUGGUUGCUGUUUGAGUUCUUUACGAACACGACGCGGGCAGCCACCGACGCCUCAAG